UAUAAUAUAGAUAAAAGAAUUUACUUAUGAAAUUUAAUUGAUCAGAACUAUUAAAUAGUCUAAAUAUAUCAAUAAUAUUUUUCUAAUUGUAAUAUCCGCCAUGUUAGUGUUCAGUUUAGUAACAUUUCCCUAUGGCCACAAAAGAUCAACUUACCUAAACUUAGCCACCCAACAUCCCCUGUUUGGCUUUCCUAUUUCAGAGGAAAUCCAUGCAUUUUCUACGAUAAAAGAAGAUGAGACAAAGUGACUAAUCGACCUCAUUUCCCAUGGUUCUUUCCCUUUUCAUCGUUCCAACAUCACCAUUAUCCUAUUUGCAAUUUAUUGUUUUGUUUCUUGAGAAUAAAACCAUCAAUAAGUAAUAUAUUUUCUAACAGAUGCAUUAGUCCUUUCGAACUCUCCAUUCUAACUUGCUUUUCUUUAACUUCAACAAACAAAUAGAGAUAAAAAAACACAAAAAAAAUAAAGAAUGAAAGGGGGAAAGCUUGUUGCAUUCGGAUUAUCGCUUAUCGUUGUUGUUGGGGUAAUAAUUGCUGUUAUCGUAGGCACUAAUCGUGCCAACGACUCUUCAUCCCAUGAUGACAACGACGAUAAGGUACUCGCUACCACUUCCAAAUCCAUUGCUUCCGUUUGUUCCCAAACGGACUAUAAGAAAGCAUGUGUAAAUAGCCUUAGCUCCAUGGCCAACAACCAAAGUGCCACCCCAAAAGACUUUAUCGAGAAAGCCAUUGAGGUGGCCAUUCAGGAAGUUAGAGCUGGAAUGGAGAGGUCUGCCUCCAUUGGCAAAGCAGAGGCACAUGAUUCCUUGCAAAAGAUGGCCACUGAAGAUUGCAAGGACCUAUUGCAUUUUGCCAUCGAUGAGCUUCAAGCAUCCUUCUCCUCAGUGGGCGACAACGAACUCCAUAAAAUUACUGACAGGGAAACAGAGCUCAAAAACUGGCUCAGUGCUGUCAUCUCUUAUCAACAAACCUGCAUGGAUGGUUUCACUCAGCCAGAACUUAAAAAUGCCAUUUCUACCUCGCUCUUAAAUGCUACACAGCUCACGGAUAAUGUUCUUGCCAUUGUAGCUGCAAUCAGUGAAAUCCUUUCUGCAUUUAAUAUCCCCAUUGGGAACUCGUCUACUAUAUCAGCAACAACAACAACAUCCCGACUAUUGCUUGAAGCUAAUAACGAUGAUGAGGAGGCGGUCCACAAUACAGAGAAUGGAUUUCCUUCAUGGCUUCCGAGUGGUGAUAGGAAACUAUUGGGUGCAAGAAAUAACAACUCUCAAUCACCGCCAAACGCUGUGGUAGCUAAGGAUGGCUCUGGACAAUACAACACCAUUGCAGCUGCUCUUGCUGCGUAUCCUAAGAACCUUAAAGGUAGAUACGUCAUAUAUGUGAAGGCCGGAAUUUAUGAUGAAUACAUAACCGUUGCAAAAGAUCAAGUCAACAUAUUCAUGUACGGAGAUGGACCUCGAAAGACAAUAGUCACAGGAAAAAAAUGCAACCGUGAUGGCGUCACUACUUACCAGAGUGCUUCCUUCAGUGCCGCUGGAAACGGAUUUAUAGCCAAGUCUCUGGGAUUUCAAAACACAGCAGGACCUGAGGGGCACCAGGCGGUAGCCCUUCGUGUCCAAUCAGAUAUGUCUGCCUUCUACAACUGCAGAAUGGAUGGAUAUCAAGACACUUUGUAUGCUCAAACACAUCGACAAUUUUAUCGCAAUUGUGUGGUGUCAGGCACAGUUGAUUUCAUCUUUGGUGACGCAGCAGCUAUCCUCCAGAACUGCUUAAUUAUUGCAAGGAAGCCAAUGGACAAUCAACAAAAUACAGUGACAGCUCAAGGAAGAAGUAAUGUUCGGGAGACCACAGGUUUAAUAAUGCAGAACUGCCGCAUUGUUCCCGAGCAAUUACUGGAACCUGUGCGUUUCAACAUUCCUACCUACUUGGGACGGCCAUGGAAGAUGUACUCAAGAAGUGUGAUCAUGGAAUCAACUUUGGCAGAUUUCAUUCAACCUGCAGGUUGGAUGCCCUGGUCUGGAAACUUUGCCCUUGACACAUGUUACUAUGCUGAGUAUGGAAACCGAGGUCCAGGAGCCAAUACCAACAAUAGAGUCAAAUGGAAGGGAUUCAAAGUCAUCACAGACAGAAACGAAGCCCUUCAGUUUACAACUGCUCCAUUUAUUCAAGGAAACCAAUGGUUGGGAUCCACUGGUUCCCCAUACUACCUUGGGCUGAAAAACUAGGUGACAAUGACAUGGAGUAGAGCAGUAGAGAGAAGGAACCACAUCACCAAUAAAAUCAUAGAGAGCCAGCCAGCAAGGUUCUAAUUUUAUACUAGUAUGUAAGUUUUCCUGCUUUUUGAAGUAAAGGCAGCUACGAGGGUGAGAGGAUGGACCUAAACUGCCAUCCCAACCUUUACCUGAACUUGAUUAGUUCAAGAAUCAACCUACUAUACCUUGUCACAGUAUCCAUACUCGUUAAACAUUGUCCUUUUUUUGGUUUCUUUGAAUCGGGCAUGCUAUUAGUGUA